GGUUCAUAAGAUUAUACAAGGGUUAAAUAUUAUUUAUCCGUACAGUUCUGUUAAAACGCUCUUUCACAGCAUCAUGUUUGGUAUUAUCACACAUGCGAUUGUGUUAACUAUCUUUCAAAUAGCAUUUGUGAGCGCGGAUUAUCAGUGUUUGUGCAAUUACAAUGUGGAACUACCAGUUUAUUCAAAUGACGAUUCUGCGAGUCAACUGUUAGGAUAUCUGUACGAGUUUGACUGUAAACCAAUCUAUGCAAAAGCGGCUAAAGACUCAGGAUUUUAUCAAAUACAGUUUGAAAAGAAGGUCGGAUACGUUGAAAAUGGAAAUGGGAUACAAAUUCAAGUUUGUCGCGGCAGUAUCCCAUCUGACGAUCUGGUAAAAGCUACAGUAGCAGCAACGUUGUCAACAACAGUGAAAACAAUCACUCAACCGCUCCAAACAAAUGGGACAACUCUUUCCCUAACAUCUUCUUCCACAGACGCUACAGUACAAAAAACGACAUCAUCACAAUUACAAUCCACAGCUCAAAUAUCAUCUACUAACGCUACUAUACCUACAACACGUUCAAGGUCCUCAACAACAAGUAAAACCACAUCUCAGUCUUCCGCAACAAGCACGUCAACUACUACACAUUCAACAACAAGUAGUAACACAGCAAGACGUUCUACCACCAUUUCACCUUCCACAACACAUUCCACCACAACUCCGCCCUCAACAGCACGUUCUACAACGAUGUCACAUUCAACAACACGUUCUACCAACACGCUACCUUCGACAGCACGUUCCACCACAACUCCGCCUUCAACAGCACGUUCCACAACGAUGCCACAUUCGACAACACGUUCUACCACCACGCUACCUUCGACAACACGGUCCACCACAACUCCGCCUUCAACAACACGUUCUACAACGAUGCCACCUUCGACAACACGUUCUACCACAAUACCACCUUCCACAAGACGUGAUACCACAAUUCAACCUUCAACGCCACCAACAGUUAAAUCCACGACAACGAAAUCAACCACUGUGCACACAACUGCUAAACCAUCAUGCCCAAGUGGUUGGACUAUGUACGGCACAUCAUGUUAUCUGUUCCAUACAAGCAGUCAAAGACACUGGGAUGAUGCGAAUAAUGACUGCGUUAGCAAACAUUCUCACUUGGCAAUAAUUGAAACAGCGGAGGAAUUUACCUUCAUUAAACAUCAACUACAGCAUCUCAUAAAUACUGAUAAUCAUCAUACUUCCGAUACAUCUGCCUGGGUAGCUGGAAGAGACCAUAACAAUGAGGGUACUUGGGAAUGGUAUGACGGCCUGACAAACACUUAUAAACAGUUUACGUACACUAAAUGGGGGAAUGAUGAGCCCGAUGCAGGGGAUGGUGAACACGAUGAAGACUGCAUGACAAUGGUAGGGCAUAAUGGUUUCAAGUGGGCAGACUACUCUUGUGAUGAAAAUAUGCUUUACGUUUGUGAACAAUCGGCUUUGGUGAAAACACAGAACCCUACAAAGCAAACACAUGGACAAGAUUGUCCUUCUGGUUGGGUAAUGGACCAUGGAUCUUGCUAUUUCUUCCAGACAAGUGGACGGCUAUCAUGGUCUGAAGCAAAUAACGAUUGUGUCACCAAAAUGUCACACCUGGUUGUAAUUGAUACAGCAACUGAAUUCAGUUUCCUUAAAGGACAAUUAGAUCAACGAAUAGACAGCCACAUCUCUGAUGAUUCUGAUACAUCUACAUGGACAGCAGGAAGGGAUAACCGUCAUGAAGGACAUUGGGAAUGGUACAAUGGUUUCACAAACACUUACAAACCGGUUGUAUAUAAGAACUGGGGACAUGAUGAACCAAAUUCAGAAAGUGGAAAUGAGGAUUGUAUUGCGAUGGUUGCACACAAAAGUUACAAGUGGGCCGACUAUGACUGUGAUCAGAAGAUGUUUCAUGUGUGUGAGCAGUCACCAUCAACACUGAUGACAACGCACACACAGAGCCCUCCAAAGCAAACACAUGGAGCGCAUUGUCCAUCUGACUGGAUACAGAACUAUGGAUCUUGCUACUUCUUUCACAUGAACAGUCAUUAUACGUGGGACGAUGCAAAUGCAUACUGUUCAAGACGCCAAGCACAUCUCGCAAUUAUUGAAACAUCUCGAGAGGAUACUUUUCUUAAACAGGAAUCCUCUAAAAGGAUUCAUGGAAAACAUGGCUCCAGCUCAGGAGUGUGGGUAGCCGGAAGUGACAAUGACAGUGAAGGCCGCUGGGAAUGGUUAGAUGGUUUCAGCCAGACAAGUAAACCUAUGGACGGAUAUAGCAACUGGCAUCGUGGUGAACCGGAUUCAGGCGAUGGCGAUCAUGACGAAGAUUGUAUGGGCUUGAUUGGUGACCAAGGAUUUGAAUGGCAAGAUUAUAAUUGUGACAAGCAUAUGUACUUCAUAUGUGAAAAAUCUAUAUACAUGCGAGAGCCAAACAUGACUGCAAAAGAUUUCAUGGUAGCUGCCAUUGUGUUGCUAACUCUAUCACGUGGCAAUGCAACGAAAAGGUCUUUUACACUUAAACCGACCACAACACAGCCAGAUUGUCCAUCUGACUGGAUACAGAACUAUGGAUCUUGCUACCUCUUUCACAUGACUCAGUCUAACCAAAAUCCGCUUAAGUCUGUGAUAAGAGGCAUGACUGUAUAUGGAAUGAACGACGAGGUAAUUGCCACAAGCACUUCAAACAUGCCCAAAGUCGUUUGUGUUCAAGUUCCAAGUGGUAACAGAUACAAGAGAAUUGCUUUGGUGGUAUAA